CCCUCGUGUGUGUGAGUUUUUCCGAUUUUCCGAGUGGCAGUGUGCGUGUGCGUUGGAUCUUGGGGUCGCUUUCUGGGCUAAGCAACUUGGUCAGCAUCAGUGUUCUCGGGGUUUCGACAGCGUAUAGUGUGUUUGAAACGCUAAGUGCUUUUUUCCAGUUUUCUUCCCUUGUAAGUCAAAAACAAAAACACAAACACCAUGGACGCCAUCAAGAAGAAGAUGCAAGCGAUGAAGCUUGAGAAGGAUAACGCCAUUGACAAGGCCGACACCUGCGAGAACCAAGCCAAGGAUGCCAACUCCCGCGCCGACAAACUGAACGAGGAGGUGCGCGAUCUGGAGAAGAAGUUCGUCCAGGUGGAGAUCGAUCUGGUCACCGCCAAGGAGCAGCUGGAGAAGGCCAACACCGAGCUGGAGGAGAAGGAGAAACUCCUGACCGCCACCGAGUCCGAGGUGGCCACCCAGAACCGCAAGGUGCAACAGAUUGAGGAGGAUCUGGAGAAGUCCGAGGAGCGCUCGACCACCGCCCAACAGAAGCUGCUGGAGGCCACCCAGUCGGCCGAUGAGAACAACCGCAUGUGCAAGGUGCUGGAGAACCGUUCCCAGCAGGAUGAGGAGCGCAUGGACCAGCUGACCAACCAGCUGAAGGAAGCCCGCAUGCUGGCUGAGGAUGCCGAUACCAAGUCCGACGAGGUCUCCCGCAAGCUGGCCUUCGUUGAAGACGAGCUGGAAGUGGCUGAGGAUCGCGUCCGCUCCGGCGAGUCCAAGAUCAUGGAGCUGGAGGAGGAGCUGAAGGUUGUCGGCAACUCCCUGAAGUCCCUGGAGGUGUCCGAGGAGAAGGCCAACCAGCGCGUGGAGGAGUUCAAGCGCGAGAUGAAGACCCUGUCCAUCAAGUUGAAGGAGGCCGAGCAGCGCGCCGAGCACGCCGAGAAGCAAGUGAAGCGCCUGCAGAAGGAGGUCGACAGGCUAGAGGACCGUCUCUUCAAUGAGAAGGAAAAAUACAAAGCAAUCUGCGACGAUUUGGACCAGACAUUUGCCGAACUUACUGGAUAUUAAAAAAGAUCACAAACAGAACUCACACAAUGCCCCCAACCCCCCUUGCCCACCUCCCCCAAAAAAGAACACAUUCAGUACAACCCGAAUCCUAUACAGUUUAUUAUAUGUAUAUUGUAUAUUCUAUUUUUGGAACGAUUCCCCCGACAGUUUCAGUGUAUUUACCGCCCAGCCCAACACGCCACACUUUUCUAUACACUGUAAAUAAUCUGUUUAGUCUCCCGCUUGAAUGUGGCCACACCCACACGACCAGUUCCCUACGCCAGUACACUGUAAAAAUAAGUUCAGAUCAAGCCAAACCAAGUUGCAACUGUAGUUAAUACAG